CUUUGCUUUUUGGAGCUUGCGUUUAACCAGCACCGCUUACUUGCGCCGGGGCGCGGAGGGGACGGGGGCUGGCCAUGCCCUGCCCUGCCCUGCCCCGGGCCACCCCACGCUCCUGGGGACACCCAGGUUGGCGGGGGGGAAGGUGAGGCGUCGCUGGGAGGAGCCGCCCGUGCCGGGGCAGAGGCGCCGCCGUCCCGCGGCUGCUGAGGCUCCCUGGGAGGCGGCAGCGGGGCUCCCCCGCUCCCGAGGAGCAGGUGUGUCCAGUGAAGGAAUGGAUGUAUUUGCUGUCGUCAUUCUUUUCGUGAUCAAAAGUGAGACACUUGAUUAAUCUCUCUAGAAGAGGCAUGGUGCACCUUGCAGUUAACAGGAGCAUUUAAGGAUAAAACUUUAUGGACAUGGCUUUGCAUACCUGAAAUUUUUUUCCACUUUGGAAAAUCUGGGCAAAGAUAACCAGAGCUGAAGUCUGUUGUGAAUGAUAAAGCUCCACAGGUCGAUUGAGCGCUCAAGAUGUGGACAGAAUGGCUGGGGAAAGGAAGAAAUUCAGCUGUUUAUCGUGGCAGAAUGGGCAGAGAAACAUGGCAGCAAAAACACUGUUUUCAUGUAACAUUGCAACAGCAUUUCUGUCUUUAAUUAUUGCAAAGAAAUGUGAAGCCUAUGAUGUGAUGUUAAAGCAGAGUCUUGUGCCUGAUGGGCAGCCUCUCGCUAUUAAAUGUUCACUGGAAAAGAGCUUGAAAAGUGGAGACUACAACUUAACAUGGUAUAAAGUUGGUAACAAGAGAGCUGUGCCUAGAGACAAACUGUCUAGAGUUCACCAGCAGAAGAAUCUAAUUUGGUUUCUUCCUGCCAUGUUAGAAGAUUCUGGAGAUUAUGAAUGUGUCAUAAGGAAUUUGACAAGCUGCAAAAAAAUGUGUACAAAAGUAACAGUUUUUGAGAGGAUUGAUGGUUUAUGCUUAAAUGAAAAGUUUGCUGUAGAGGAGGUGAUAUUCACAUCAUCUUCUGCAAAGGUCGUUUGUCCCCACUUGGAUUAUUUCAGGACAGAGAAGAAUAUUCAGCCUGUUCGUUGGUAUAAGGACUGCCAGCUGCUGAAAGGAAAAAGGUUUGCCCUUUCAAACAGUGAUCUUAUAAUUUUCAAUGUGACUGUACAUGAUGGAGGAAACUACACGUGUGAAACAACAUAUACCUACAAUGGGAAACAAUAUAACAUUUCACGAGACAUCAGUCUGGUUGUAGAAGUGACCCCACCAAAAAAGCCUCCAGAAAUAACUUACCCAAGAAACAACUCCAUUGAAGUGGAACUCGGCUCACAGGUUACUGUGGAUUGCAACACCACAGGUGCUGAUGGGUAUGAGGUGUACUGGACAGGCAACGGUGUAUAUAUUGAUGUGUUUUAUAUGAGCAGAAUUUUUGCAAGUCCCUAUGAGGGAGAAACUUCUUAUGACGGGCGCCCUAUGCAUUCUGUGAAGCUAAUAAUUUCAGAAGUAAAGAGUGAAGACUAUGAACAGCCUUUUGUCUGUCAAGCUUCAAAUGCCUUUGGGCAAGUUGCAUCCUAUAUUAUAUUAAAACACAGAGUUCCUGACAUACGAAGGUGGCUCACUGGAGGGCUUGUCUCUUUGUUAAUUUUAACAUUUAUUACUUUAAUAAUCUUCAAGAUUUUCAAGAUUGAUUUGGUACUUUGGUACCGUAAUUCUGUCUGUGCCCUUACAAGUAAGGAAGAUGGGAAAAUCUAUGACGCAUAUGUCCUGUACACAAAAAGCAGUGAAGACAUAAGGAUAUGUUGUCUGGAAACCUUUGUUCGUAGGAUACUCCCAGAUGUUUUAGAAAAACAAUGUGGAUAUAACCUUUUCAUAUUAGGAAGGGAUGAUUUACCAGGAGAAGCUGUGGUCAGUGUUGCUGAUGAAACCCUUAAGCAAAGCAGAAGACUGAUGAUUAUUUUGGGAUCAGAAACAUCUAAGGGCUGCCUGUUGGAAGACACCUCUGAGCAACAGCUAGCUAUGUAUAAUGCUCUCAUCCGUGAUGGGAUUCAAGUGAUUCUUAUAGAAAUGGGUGAAAUACAGGACUACAUGAGCAUGCCAGAAUCAAUCAGAUUCAUUAAGCAAAAACAUGGAGCUAUUCAAUGGAAAGGAGACUUCUCAGAGAAAUCUUGUUCAGCAAACACAAGAUUCUGGAAAAAUGUGCGCUAUCAAAUGCCAUCCAGGAAAAAGGCAUCUUAUUCUGAAGUGUAUUCAUUGCCCCUAAUGUCAAACAGUUCUGCAGCAAAGGAAAGUUAAGAAGAAAUCAUUUAAAUAAUACUAAGAAGAAGAUUUUCUGCUCCAAAGUGAGAACAUAGGGGAGGAAAUGAGCAAACCUUUCCCAAAAUCACCACUUGAG